CCCAGGACUAAGCAGCCAUGGGUUGGGUCACAUGGCUUGAAAAAACACAACAAGUGUGUCCAGGACGGGGGUGUCUGAGAGGAGCUUCUGAGGGACUGAAGCAGUUACUUUGCUGCCACAGCUGCUGCAGCAUGUGGGUUCUGACCACCCUACUGCUCCUGGUUCCAAGCAGUGGACAAGCUGCUACUCUGGAGAAGCCCGUAUUGUCUCUGCACCCUCCCUGGACAACCAUCUUCAAGGGGGAGCGGGUAACCCUGCGGUGUGAUGGAUACCAUCCCCUGCUCCUGGAGCUGAGGCCCAUCAGCACCCUCUGGUAUUUGGGUCACCUCCUCCUCCCCUUCCACAAGAAGAGCAUUGAGGUGCAGUCCCCAGGGGUAUAUCGAUGUCAGACACGGGGAGCACCAGUCAGCGACCCCAUCCACCUCUCCGUCUCCAAUGACUGGCUGAUCCUGCAAGUGCCCUACGCGUCGGUGUUCGAGGGUGAGCCUCUGGUCCUGCGCUGCCGCGGCUGGUACGACAAAGCCGUCUACAAGCUCCAUUAUUACCACGACGGGCAGGCGGUCCGUUACUUCCACUCCAGCGCCAAUUACACCGUGCCGCAGGCGCGUGCCAGCGACAGCGGUCACUACCAGUGCUCCGGGACCAUGCGCAUACCAGUGGAGAGCGCGCCCAUGUUCUCCGCCAAGGUGGCCGUGACCGUGCAAGAGCUGUUCCAGGUCCCGGUGCUGAGGGUGUUGGGCCCGGCGCAAGCCCGGGGGGCGGCAGGAGGCGGCGUGGUCCUGCGCUGCCAUACGCACCUACACCCGCAGAAGCGCGACACGCCGCUGCAGUUCGCCUUCUACAAGUACAGCCGGCCAGUGCGCCGCUUCGACUGGGGCGCCGAGUACACGGUCCCCGAGCUAGAGCACGACGAGCUGGAGUCCUACUGGUGCGAGGCCGCCACCUCCACCCGCAGCGUCCGUAAGCGUAGUCCCUGGCUGCAGCUCACAGGACGGGGUGAGUCUUCUCUGGACCCAACAUCCACCUCCGCCCCAGCACCGCAGUCAGCAACCUUGGCACCCGGUAGCAAGCCGCUCUCCUUCCGAAAGCCCCCGGUGUCCAGAUCGGUGCCGUCGGUCACCGCCCUUCCAAACACCACCUCGGCAGGGCAGCAGUUGCCUGCUGCUGGCAGAUCCCCCACAGCUGGGCCGCCUGCCUGCACUGCGCCAGCUUCCUUGGAACGAGCACCAGAAGCCCUGAAGUCCGACAUGGACCUUCUGCUUCGGGAAAUGCAACUGCUCAAAAGCCUUUUGACCCGAGUGGUCCUGGAAUUAAAGGAUCCACCGGCCUUCCCAGAGCACAAGGGAACACUCAAAACCCCCACUUCCCACUUUGCUGUGAGCCAGGGAACCGUGGGGACCACUGAGGUGGAGACCUGAGCCUGGCGGCUGCUGCCUGUUACCCCGUCCACCACCCACAGGUCCACUAAUCCCUGGUCUCUCCGGUUCUCAGCACCGCGCUAUCUCCAAGCCAUUUUGUUUGUCCUGUUGUUUUGCUUUGGUUUUAAAGAAUCCAGCAUAAAGCAUGGCGGCUGCUCAAUUCAAUCUGGAAGAGCACCUUUGAGC